AUGGAUUUCGUUGUCGACAACAGUUGGAUUGUUCCAUAUUCGCCACUUACUUGGAAAACGAUCAAGACACGUUGCAACGUUGAAUAUUGCAAUUCAGUAAAGUCCAUAAAAUGCAUUUACAAAUAUGUCACGAAAGACAACGAUAUGACGGUUUUUGGCAUCCAAUCUUCCAAUACCAACGAUGAAAUUGCGCGUUAUCAAGUUGGUUGUGAAGUGAACUGCAAUGAAGCGAUUUGGCUUAUAUUCGCAUUACCUACUCACGAACGUCAUCCUAUUGUUGUGCAUUUGGCGGUGCAUCUGGAGAAUGGUCAACGAGUAUAUUUCACGGCUUCGAACGUUGUUCAACGUGCUGAAACAGCUCCAGCGACAGCAUUGACCAGUUUCUUCGCGAUCUGGCAAAGCGAUCCGUUUGCACGAACUUUGCUUUACUGGGAGGUGCCACGUUAUUACAUUUAG